UGAGGAGCAAACAUCCUGUCUUUCCCACAGGUCCUGAAUGCAGCAGGAGGGCGUGGUCCACCUGAGAACCAGGAAGGUGUUGCAGAAGAGUGUGAGGUGACACAGCAGCAGGUUUAGAGCCUCCACCCUGCAGCAGCAGCAGAACACUUACACACACACACAGUCGACCUUCCGCUCACCUGAACAGUUCAACCAUGAGGUGGCGCUCUCCUCAUCUUCCUCUCCUCCUCCUCGUCUUGUCUUACCUCGCCCUGUUGGUCGAGGGAGCAAAAUCUUCCGGAUUCAAGAUCUGCGCCUACAAUGUGCCGAAAUUCAACUUCGCAAAAGCAUCAAAUUAUAGAGUGCUACACACUCUGACACGGAUCGUGUCCCGCUGUGAUAUCUGUCUCCUGCAGGGCGUGAUGGAUACUGACGGUAAAGCCAUCAAACGUCUGCUGGCUUCCCUGAACAGGUAUGAAAGUAACAACAACUACAAGUCAGUUUCCAGUAAGAGUCUGGGAACCUCUCCCACCGACAUGGAGCAGUACGUUUUCAUCUACAGGACCGGGACGGUAAAUGUGACGGGGAAGCAUCAGUACCAGAAGAAACAAUCCUUCGUCAGAGAGCCGUUUGCUGUUGAGUUCCAAAGCACGAAAAUUGCAAUCAAGAAGUUUAUUUUGGUUCCUUUGCACACGGAUCCCGGUCAGGCUGUCAAGGAGAUCGACCGGCUCUACGACGUCUUUCAGGAAGUCAGCAAGAUAUGGAACAAUUCGAAUGUGAUGUUCCUGGGAGAUUUCCAUGCCAGCUGUGCCUACGUGACCCGAGCCAACAAGAAGAACAUCCGACUGUUCACCGACCCACAAUUUUCCUGGAUGAUCCGUGACAAAGUAGACACCACCGUCAGCGACGACACCAACUGUGCUUAUGACAGGAUCGUGGUACAUGGGAAACCCUUGCUGAAGACAAUCAGGCCGCUCUCUGCAAAUGUCUUCAACUAUGUCAAAGACUUCAAACUAACCAAGACUAAGGCGCUGGAGGUCAGCGACCACUUGCCUGUGGAGGUGGUACUAAACAGCGAUGCAUUUCUCCUUCAGGCCACGCCCCUCCUGAUCCUCAUCAGUGUCUCUGCCAUCGUGCAGUUGUUCCUGUCCGCUCUGUGAUCGCUUUCUUCAGUCUUGAGAGAGGCUAAGAGGAAGGAAGGACACAUUCAGGUACUUCCACAGUCAGUCCAUUAGACAGUAGAUGGCAGUCGAGACGCCCCCAGAGAAACAGACCGGAGUACCAGCAGGAAGUUAAACAAUGUGCUGCUGAGGACGGGGGCAGCAGCAACACAGAUUUUAGACUUUUAAAUCAAAGAUUGAGGGAAACCUAUCACAAUUUAGAAGAUGGCAAAUACUUUCAUAUAAUUAUAAUUGUAAAUUAAUGAAUGUUUAAUAAUUGUUUAUGAAGAACAACCGCAGUAGUUCUGGUCCACAUGGCCUCUUCGUUCUGGUUUCUGGCCUUCAGACGAUUUAUCAGGUUUUUUAUCCAAAGUGCCGUUCAGCACCGUGAGUGCCCAGAUAUAAUAAUAGUAAUACAAUUUAACAUAAUGUAAACAGGAUGGAUGACAGCAUGGUGUUUGUGCCCACACAGGCCAACAGACAGACAGAGGACUUUAGAGUCAUUACACUUUCUGUAUGUAAAUACUGUAUAUUUAAUUUUAAUAACAAAUAAUACAACUAUUUGGCUUUUCUACCAGGUGAAUCAUUAAACUGUUAUUAUUUUAGAGGUAAGAUUUCCUCAUUUUUUUCUGUCAUUUUCUCAUCUGUCUGUUUUCUCUGUAAAUAUUUGGAAUAUGCCAGGAAAUUGUAAGAACUUUUUUUGUUUUUAAUAUUCAGUGAAGUUUUUUAU